UGUUCCUAGCACGUCAUAAAAGCAUAUAUUUUCCUGAACUCAGAAGGCUCAUAUAAUUUUCUAUUGAGUUUUUAACGUUAAAUUACAUAGAAAAAACUGAAAUGAAGUGUGCGGUUUCAAAUUGUACAAGUCAAAGCUGUCAAAAGGAAUCUUGCAGUUUCUUCAAUUUCCCUGUUAAUGAAGAGUUGUCAAAGAAAUGGGCGAUAUUCUGUAGGCGCAAAAAAGUUUUCAAUGCGCGAACGAGCUACAUAUGCAUGAAACAUUUUAAAAAGGAGGACAUCGAAAACGGAGUGGAGUACGAAAUGGGUUUUGCGAAAAAACGCAUACUUAAGCGCGGUGUUGUGCCAACUAUUUUCAAAGUGGAGGUAAGCAAUCCCGAGCGUAAAGAAAGAUCAAUGCAAAGAGAAAAUAGAAGGAUUGUGAACGAAUUAAUUAAACAAUAUGAUGCUGAACAUAAAUCUGCAAUACCGGUCGGAGAAGCGAAUAUGGAAACUUUAGAAACCGUUGAUCUAACAAACAGUGAUGUUCCUUUGUUGGAUAUGAGUAAUGCUAUUGAAACACCCACAUCGCUUGAGCCAUUCUUUGAAACGUAUAAAACACCGUUUAAGGAGAUUGAAGAUUUGGAAACGAAGUUAGAAAGACAGCAACAAGAAAUUGAAGAGUUACGCAAAGUAAAUAAAAAGCAACAGAGGGAAAUCGUUGUGGCCAAACAAGAAUUAGAAUUUAUAAAGCGCAAACAUAGCUAUGAACUAAAAUUAUUGGAAAAACAAGUAACAACUGCGCAAACUGAAAAGACAAGUAUAGAGGCGAAAUUAGUACAGAUUUUUUCAAAAAAACAGUUAGAUGUCUUAAAAUCUGAAAUGAACAGAACACAUUGGUCUAUAAGCGAUGUAGAACAAGCUAAGUUUAUAUAUACCAAAAGCAACAAAAUCUAUAACUACUUAUAUAAUCGAGGAUUUCCACUACCGGCGGUGCGCAAAGUGAAAUCAUGGUUGAAUACGAAAGCACCAGCAGCGCAUUUGAAGGAUCACUGUUAUACUUCAGAAUUGUUGCAAUAAGCUUAUCAUAUGUAUUUAGUGUAUAUAAUUAAAAACGUUGUAUAUAAUAAUUUAUAAAGAGAAUAAUGAAUUAAUAAUUCCUGAGUUUACGUU